AGUCAACCGGUGUGCAUAUGUGUGAGUGUAGUGGCAGCCCAGGCUCUCUUAAUUUUUUAUUUGAUAUUUGGAAUUGAUAUUUUUCUCUGUUGAUAUAUAUUCACGAAUAACUGGAAGUUUACAAAAUAAUAGUUUAUCAGCGAUGAAUUAUGAAAUACUGGAGACACUGAAUAGCAUUGGCUAUGAAGGAAAACUGUUAGAUGAAAACGUUUUUUCCGAAGCAAUAAGCGAAGGCUUUGAAAAUGAGGAUUUUAGAAAUCUCAUAAUAUGGAUUACAAAUGAAAUAAGCCUACUUGGGAAAUUAGAUGAAAAGAUCACCCACGAUUCUGACAUCAGCAAUUUCAAAAUUGAGUUAUCUGGCUUUUUAAAAGAACUACAAUGUAGUUAUGAGGCUCUUUCGAAUGACAGUAAUAUAAACAAUCGCAUGCAAACGAUCGAAUCACGUUAUCUUCUUAUAGAAUUUCUAAUUGGUGAAUUAAUGACAUUAAAGAUGCUUUCAGUAACACAAGUUUCGAAAGAUAAAGGCAACGUCAUUACAAUUCACGAGUCAUCGACAGCUGCAGCAUUAAAAGAUAUCGCAAUAACAUUAAAUCUUGGAAAACCACCUGAAAAUAUUUCACCAGACGCUUUAUUUAAUAAAAUCUCAACAAAACUUGAUGAAACUCUAAAAGUUAUUCCCAAUUCUGAAAAACGCAUUGGAAAUGCUUUAUUUACUCCUAAAAAACCUUUGAAUAAUGCGCAAUGGAUUCAACUAGAGAAAAUCCAAGCAGCUCUCGAAGAAGAAUACAACAUGAGGCGAAAAGUUCUGAUGACACGUCUUGACGUCACAAUUCAAAGCUUUAAAUGGUCAGAAAAAAUUAAAGGAAAAGAGAAAUUCAUCAAUGAACGAUACAUGAACAAGAGUCAAGUGUUGGAUAAAUUAGCGAAAGGUGGUCAACGUACUGAUAUUCCGUCAUUGUUAGCGGCAAGAGACAAACUCGCUAUCAUUGAGAAAACUUCAAGUGCGAAUGUUCGUAAAAAUACUAAAAGCAAACUCCAAAGACACAUUAUCGGUAAAGUUCCUGAUCGAGGAGGGCGAACACUUGAAUUGCAACGCCCACCACCUGAAAUGCCAUCAUGGCAAAAGCGACAACCAGGAUCAGAUAAUCGUGGUGGAGGUAGAGGUGGUGGGGGGGGUAAUAAAAGAGGAAAUUUCAAUCAAAACCGUGGAAAUUUCAAUCAACAAAGCGGCGGGUUUCCACCUCAACAAUAUCAACAAAAAGCACCUUACAAUCCUUCCAAUCAACAAAGUUUCGACGACAAUUACGAAUCUCAUAAUUCAGGCAAUUUCAAUAAUCGAGGACAAGGAUCGCGUGUUCAAGGUGGUUGGAAUCAAAGAGGAGGUGGACGUGGUCGUCGCUGAAUAUUCAAAACUCUUAAAGUCGAGAAUUCUUUUCGUUUUUUUAUUAAAAUAAAGUUUGAUGAAUUUUAAAUGUUACAUGUCUUCAGUGGAAUAACGAUAGGCUUCUUCUUCCAUUGAUUUCUUUGAAUUUACCAUGUUGAAAUAUUUCUUUUCAUAUCCAUUCGAUCGAUCAACGCCAUCCCAUCGAUAACCGGGACGAAUAUUAAAGCGAUUAUCUAAGAAUUGUCCUUGGUACUUCGGUUUCUCUUCAACGCCUUUCUUUUUAUUUUUGUCCUGCUUCUUUCUUCUCAUAUAUUCAAGCAUGGGAUCAUCAAGACGUUCCUGAUCUCGUAAAUGAUCUUGAAGAUCUUGAUCAUCAGCACUUCGAGCAAGAGGUUUGCUUGCUUCAUGCAUAAAUUCUUGCAAUCUUUUCUCUUGAUCUUCAAUUUGUUUCAAUCCUUUUCCCCAUCGAUCAUAAGCUUUCUUUCUUACAGCUUCAGCUUCAGAUUUCUUUCGUUCACUCUCAAUGUCAAGUUCAAGUUCUUUGUUUCUUCCACGACGAUCACGAAUCACAAUAUCAGCAUUUCUUCCAGACAUUUCAGGUUUCAUUUCACGGAAUAAUUUCUCUUGACGUUCUUUGAAUGCGUCGUUCUCCCGUUUUAACGUUUUUGCAUCUUGUAAGCCUGAAACUUUUCCAUCUAAAGUUUUUGUCAUUCGUGAUGAACGUGGUGGAGAAUUUGUCGGACUUUUCGGUUCCUUUUUAACAUCGUGGGACCAACGAGAUCGACUUUGUCUGAAAGGACUCACAGAACGAUUUCGUUGCCUUCUUAGUGGUGAAUUGUCGGUUGAAUCCCUUCGUUCUUUUUUCAUUUCAGUUUUUAUUCGUCUAGGAGGUGAAUUGUCACUGCUGGUUCGUCUUUUCCUUGGUGGUGACACAUCUGAUGAUUUUUUACGUUUUCGUGAAGAUUUAUCGGAACGUCUUGGAGGUGAAUUAUCUGAUGACUGACUCCGUCGAUUUAAUUUUCUAGGUGGAGAUUCAUUUGAUGAAUUUCGACGAUUUCUUCCGGAUUUUUCAUCAUUCGUCCUUCGAGGUGGCGAUUCAUCUGAAGAAUAUUUUCUUUUAACUUUUUCUUUCUUUGGUUGAUUUGGUGAACUUUCAUCCUCAGAAUGUUUUUGUUUCUUAUUAGAUUUACUCGAUUCCUUGCUGCUCUUUGCAUUCGAAUUACCAAUCUUUUUCCACUUUCCACUAUCUUGAUACUCUUGCUUCAUUAAAACUUCAGGUGCACGUUCAUCUAUAAUGCCAACAAUUUGUGGAGCUUCUUCAUUGAGAGCAAAUAAUUCACUUUCAUCAAUUUGAUUAUCGUCUUGAUUGAAGCCAAAAUCAUCAUCAUCUAUUAUUUUUACUUUUGAACUUCCUAAUUUAUGCGACUUAUCCUUAGAUUUUUUCUUUUUCUUUCUAAGUUUAUCAUCUGAAGAGAGAUAUUUCUUUAGAUAAUCUUUUUGACUUAUUUUACUCAUUUUUGAUGCAGAAAUUUAAUAAAACUUUGUAAACAAACAAUUUUGUUCUGAACUGAUCUUAAGAUCGAAUUUCCAGUUAAAAAUUACCAAGUUUUCAUUUUUCCAAUAUUUUUUGAAUUAGCUUUGUUGAGGACUUUCUUGUUUCCCUUUAAGUUGAAAUAUAUUUUGGAAUUCAUUCUAAACGGGAAAAAUGAAAUCUGUGGCAAGUAUUGUCAUUAAUUUACCUAUAUGUUUUC